AUGGCGGCUCCACCCAUCUUCGACAUGGCGGAAAAUGAUGCCGCCGGCUCGGAAGUGCAGAUGUGGCUGGAGGAGCUGGGCCUGGGGCGAUACUUCGGGCUGCUGCAGGCCGAAGGCUUUGACGACUUCCGCAUCAUCCGCCGCGCCACGGAGGAAGACGUCAGCGAGUUGGUGACGCUCUGCGCCAUGCCGCGCUUGCACGAGCGUCAGCUCCGUCGGGCGCUGCGGGACUUGCACCGAAAGGAGGCGGAUUUUCGGGUCGAGAAAUGGACCUUUGGUGGUGAACGAAGCCAGGACUUUGGUAGGUAA